CAUCCACCAGAUCUUUCACACCCUCAGUCAAAGUUCCAAAUCAAAUCAAACCAAAUCCAAUCCCAAACCAAAACACAAUCAUCCACAAUGGAUACCAUCAAGAACACUGCCAACUACGUCGGUGACAAGGUCAACGAAGCUACCUCUGGUGCUUCCAAGGAGGCCAACAAGAACGUUGCCAAAGACUCUGACGCGUCCCUCGGAACCCGUGCCUCUGCCGCAAAGGAUGCAGUUGGUGACAAGAUUGACGAGAGCAAGAACUCUGCGUCUGCCGAGGGCAACAAGCAGGCUGCUACCCACUAAACGCUUCAACAUCGAAAUGAUGUCUCGACCUAUCAUAUCCUUUUGCAACAGUUCCUAAGAAUGGUUUCCUUCCUCAUGGUUAACGUGGUCGACUGAUGGACAUACACAACCUGGCAGUGUACUUGCUGGGGUUUCAAUGAGCUUCGGAUGAUGACAACGUAUUUCUUAUGACAAUCGUGCUCAAGAGAGCAGACGGCAUUGCAUCAAGUAGCUUGAAUUAAAUGAUAUCAUAG